GCCGAAGAAUCAAAUAAAACCCGUAUUGCGUACGCCAUCUUUCCUUUUCCUCUCCUUGCCUUGGACGUUGGGCUUGGAAGAGAGUUGUGGUGCAGAGGUUGAUGAUGAACCAACAGGAUCUAGACCUCCACCAAAAACUCUCCAUAGCAUUCAGUACCCUCGGUACUGAAAGCUAUAAAUGUCGUCGCAAGCGGAGUCACUCCUCUACACUCGAGGUUGACUCCUUGGAGGCGUUUCUGACAUGCCAGGAAGAACUCCAACAUGUCGACGACCUUGUUGGUAACGACCUCUGGAGGAAGUUUGAAUUAGCCCAGACAUCUCCUCUACCACGGCCACAACGUCCGCUAACUAAUUGCAAGUGUACAACUAAUAGUAGUUCAGGCUGCGCUGAUAAUGUCGAUCAAAAUGGCCAUGCUUGUAAAGUAAAUCGUCAUGCUGAGGCUGUGCGUGGUUUGCAGAAGUCUGCACCCCUAUCACCACCGGACUCUGAUGAAUCAGGUGACGAAAGUGAAAACGGCACAGAGCUAAUGGAUGAAGAAAAUGCAAUUGUACACAGUAAUGUUUUUAGAGAUUGCAUGUGGAGUUCUUCCAAGCUUACACUAAAUUCUGUUGUCAACCAAGUUCCUGUCAGUGCAAGUCGUCGAUCACCCAAUGCUUCCUCGGAAGUUGGUCCAAAGCGGCCCGAUGGCUUGGCCGGGCCUGGGAAAAGCUGUGCUGACGAUAACGGACCUGAACCGUUUCCCUUUCCUUUGAAUUCUCUGAACUCUGCCUACUGCCUGCCACGCCGCAAAUCGUCAACCUCCAGCACUGAUGGGGAGGAAGAUGUGGAUGCUAGCGUUGCUGAAUACUGUUCCUUUCGGCACUCCACAUCUGGAAAAACUCCUGCUACCUACACACCUCCUAGGACUGGUUGUAUUUCAGCCUCUGUGGUUCAUCAUAAGAAGAACAUACCAGGCUUCUCGCUGCCAAUUUGCUCUGCAACUGUCAACACACCGCCUGCAACACCUAGUCCUGGCACGCCAGUAAGUGAGCUACCCACUGGCGCAGCAAUUGCGCCCUCUACGCCUGCUGCAGCCAUCACAACAUCCACUGCAUCCAUGUCACCGCGGCCGAUUGGCCUCCGUCCACAACGUCUAUCCUUGCAAAGUGCGCCAUCAUCCCCCCUUAGCCCAAAUGCUGCUGCCAAGCGUGUCCGCCGUGAACGUGAGCGUGUUCCGUCGAUCACUCACUUGAGCACUUCGAUUGAUGAAGACGAUCCUGAAGUUAAACGCGCUACCCACAAUGUUCUUGAGCGUCGCCGGCGAGAGGACUUGAAAGUAAUGUAUGCCAACCUGCGUUGCUGUCUGCCGGACCUUGAAUUGAAAGACAAAGCUGCCAAGGUGAAGAUUCUUGAGAGAGCUAAUGGCUUCAUCCAGCGUCUUGUCAAGGAGAAGUCGAAUCUUGAUGACGAAUUCAAAGUUCUCCAGCGCCGUAAUUGCCAACUGCGCCAGCAGCUUUCCUCCCGUGGCCGCGGCCUAAAGCAGUAAGCCUGUGUGCCUUGUAUCUGUGUUUCCCGUUUAUGUGUUUUAGUUGUCUGGUCUCUUAGUUUGACCCCGUACUUAGUUUAGAAUAGAUCUUAUAGCGGGCUGGUAAUCGCUACAGCUGCGGUCCAUUUCUUUCGGAUUCCUUUAGCUGGAAUGUAGUCUCUCUUGUGUGCGUGCGUCUGUGUGUCCGUCUGUGUGUCUCUACUCACUGUUCUCUCUACAGUUUGUCUAGUCUCUUGCACGGCUACAACUGGUGUUUAUUUUUACUGCCUUGCUUUUACUACUGUUGGUAUUUUGUUGCAAAAACCUUGCCGUGUUUGUGAGGGUACAUGCACGCUUGCGAUCUAGUGCAGUGCUGUAUUCUUUUCUUUUAAGUGACCUUUUUUUUUUUUUUUUUAUAUUUUCUCCUCUCUGGCUACAUUGAGCCCUGACUCUUGCCGAUUCUUUCGUCUCUCUGGACUUUGAUGCUUGAUACUUUCUCUCUUUACAUAACGUUGCUAUUCCAUUUUCUCUUCCUCUUGAUGUGUGAUUUUAGCAUGAUACGACUUUCUCUUUGCCUUUUACCUCUUUCUUUCAUUCCUUUUUUCUCCUAACGUACAUCAUUUACCAGGUACAGUGUGCUAUCUAGAGACCAUAACGAUUCAGAAUCAUUGAGUAGUCAAUCUACGAACAAACUA